CUUUGUACGUAUUAUUCAUUCUCAUUUCAGGUCAUAAGUAGUCACUUGCCUCUAAGUAUCAAAUUCUUUCGCAGGACAUUGACUUGGACUAUACAUAGCCAUCGUUGGAUUCCUUUAAAUUUUGUAACUGUACUUUGUUCCUGGAUAAUUUUUCCCCUCAGUUGUGCCCUCCUUGAUCUAGUACUGCAUCAAUCAAUUGUGUCCUCCGGAUCGUCAUCAAGCUCUGUUUUGUUCAUCUUUGACCACGUCUCUAUCUAUUCCUUUGAAUGACCUUCCUGUGCAGGUCGUCGAGUUUUAUCUAUUCUAUUCCAUGACCUUGCUGUGACCAUCGUCAAUCUUUUCACACAGCUAGUAUUCCGAUGCAGCUGCGAUUAGGUAAACCAAAACAUUUGUAUUCAUAGUACAAAUAUGCCUCACCGUGCCGAAUGCUUUCUCCCACAAAAUUUGACACCCACUGCACUUGUCUCCUCCAUCUGCAUUGCUAUAUAUACUAGCAAUGUACUUGUGCGUGGUUGAUGGUUCAAGGCAAACGUACACACCAUUUAAUUUCCACAGAUCACAUACUGUUCUUGCGAUGCAAUCCAUGGCUACAUGUCGAGCUCCAGGAGCGCAGGAACUUCCAUGUUGCUUCCUGACGGAAGUCCUCAUGGUCAUGUUUCUUCUUCCUUCCAUGCUCGGUGAGGCAACAGUAGUGGCACCGACAGCAGGGCAGGGGAGAGCUCCCCUUACUGCUCAGGCAGCAGCGCUGCUCCAGUGGAAGUCCUCCCUGACAAGCGGCAGUGCCUCCGCCUUGAACACCUGGAGGUUCAGCGUCCAUCCCUGCAACUGGACCGGCAUCACCUGCCGCGCAAGCCACCAAGGUCCUGUGAUCAGCCAGGUCUCCCUCCAAACCGCGGGCCUCGCCGGCCGGCUCGAUGCGCUUGACUUUCAGUCUCUGCCAUUCCUGACCAAAGUUGACAUCAGCAACAACAUCCAGCUAUCAGGAUCAGUGCCGCCUUCAAUUGGCUCCCUUGUGGAGCUUUCCUCGCUCAACUUUUCAGGCAACCAGCUCACCGGAAGCAUUCCGACGACAGUCAGUAAACUCGGAAGCCUCGCUAUGCUUGACCUCUCCAUGAACGGCCUCACAGGUACCAUCCCUCCAUCCAUUGGUAGGCUCCAGUCCCUGCAGAAACUCCACUUGUACAACAACAACCUGACAGGAACCAUCCCUCCUUCCAUCACCAACCUCACCAUGCUAGGAGAUGCACGGCUGUUCACUAACCAGCUCUCUGGUCCAAUUCCCACAGAAUUGGGAAAACUUGUGAAUUUGGCACACCUAGAGCUUGGUGGUAACCUCCUGACCGGCCCUAUUCCUGGUAGCAUCGGUAACCUUGAUAAGCUGCAAUACUUAGAAAUGUUCGAUAACUUUCUUACCGGUCCAAUUCCCAAUGAGAUCGGAAACCUUAGAAAUCUUGUCACUCUCAUUAUGUCCAAAAACAAUUUCACUGGCAACAUUCCGUCAGCCAUCACAAACUUGACCAGAUUGCGGUAUCUAGCAGCCAGCAAGAACAGUCUGAGUGGCCACCUUCCUGAGCAUAUAGGACAUCUCACUGAUAUUCAGGAAAUAUACCUUUACAAGAAUCAACUCACCGGGAGCAUUCCUCUGAGCCUUGGCAAUUUGACAGAGCUCUCAUAUUUGUACCUUUACGAGAACAAAUUAUCAGGAUCCGUUCCAUAUGUGCUAGGGAGUCUUGCUAAUCUUGUGGAGCUUAGCCUCUCUUCCAAUGUAUUGGAUGGUCAGCUGCCAUCAAGUAUAGGAAACAUGAGCUCCAUCACCUCCCUUUUCCUCCAAAACAAUAGUUUUUCCAGCACAAUUCCAACAGAUCUAGGAAAUCUGCAGAAUUUGGAGACUCUCUACCUCUACUACAACCGAUUAUCUGGGUCGGUCCCUGAAAGCUUCGGAAAUUUGAAGAACAUAAAAGAUUUGCGUCUGAUCAGAAAUAGACUUACUGGACAGUUGCCUCAAACACUUUCAAACCUUACCAAUUUAGUUGACAUUGAGUUGACGUGGAACAGCUUCACUGGACGCAUGCCGGAGUUAUGCCAAGGCAGCAAGCUCCAGUGGUUCUCAGCAUCAAACAACUACUUCAAUGGUUCCUUCCCUAGGAGUUUCAAGAAUUGCAGCUCCUUGAUAAUCCUUGAUAUCAUGUACAAUCAGAUGGAUGGAGAUAUAACUCAAGAACUUAGUGGGGUGUACCCGCAUCUGGAAUUCAUAGGAUUAACCUCAAACAAGCUACGAGGUCAGCUUCCAACAAGCUGGGGUUCCUCCAAUAACCUGACAGAAAUUUUUUUAGCAGAGAACAUGAUUACUGGUCAUAUACCUCAUGAUCUCACAAAGCUGAAAAAUCUCAGAAAGCUUGACCUCUAUUCAAAUAGUUUGACAGGGGAAAUACCUUCUGAAAUUGUAGAGUUAACCAACCUCUACAUGAUGGAUUUAAGCCGAAAUAAAUUGUCUGGAAAUAUCCCUAACCAGAUUGGCCAAAUGGUUGCUCUUGAGGUCCUUGAUUUGUCAAGCAAUCAACUAAAUGGAACAGUGCCAAAAGAAAUUGGACAAUGUUUGGGGCUACAAUCGGUAAAAUUGAAUAACAAUAGCUUAAGUGGAAGUCUUCCUGGCUCAAUAGGCAACCUGAUUCACCUACAGACAGCACUGGAUGUUAGCCAUAACAAUCUAAGCGGUGCCAUACCAUCUGAAAUAGGGAAGCUAGAUAUGUUGGAAAGCAUAAAUCUAUCUCACAACCAAUUCAGUGGAGGUAUACCCAACUCUGUUGCAGGUAUGCGGAGCUUGUCCAUAUUUGAUGUUUCCUUCAACAAUCUAGAAGGCUCAGUUCCACAAGGUAUCCACAAUGUCUCACUGGUAUGGUUUCUUCACAACAGAGGACUUUGUGGCGAGCUGGUUGGCCUUCAAUCAUGUCAUUCAAACCCUGCAAAUCACAAAAAAAAAGGUCAAAAACUGUUGCUGGAAGUUGGUAUUCCUAUCUUGGCAGCUAUCAUUUGUAUAACUGCAGGUGUCAGUAUGGCUUUGAAUUGGAGGAAGAAAUCCUCUCAAGAGAGUGGCACUGUAGCAAGAACAGCUGUAUUCUCCGUAUGGAACUUCAACGGAAUAAUGGCAUUCGAGGACAUUAUCAAUGCAACAGACAAUUUCGAUGAGAAACAUCGCAUUGGAGAGGGAGGAUAUGGCCAAGUGUACAAGGCUAGUCUCCCAGAUGGUCAGGUGGUUGCUGUCAAGAAGCUCCAUCCCAUGGAUGAAGAGCCACAAAAAGAAGAAAAAGGUUUUCAUCGUGAGAUUGAAUUACUAGCACAGAUCCGCCAGCGCAGCAUCGUCAAGCUGUAUGGGUACUGCUCGCAUCGGCAGUACAAGUUCCUAGUGUACCAAUACAUAGAGAAGGGAAGCCUAGCAUCCAUCCUAAGUGACAUGGAACAAGCCGUCCAGUUUGAUUGGCAGAAAAGGGCAACUCUCAUAAAGGACGUCGCUCAAGCUAUAUGCUACCUGCAUCAUGAUUGCUGUCCUCCAGUAAUCCACAGAGAUGUAACAAGUAGCAACAUCUUAUUAGAUGCUGAAUUCAAGGCUUUCGUCUCAGACUUUGGCACGGCGAGGCUUCUAAAACCUGAUUCAUCAAAUUGGAGUGCAUUGGCAGGGACAUACGGCUACAUGGCUCCUGAACUUUCCUACACACCCUUGGUCACCGAGAAAUGUGAUGUCUACAGCUUUGGCGUUAUAGCUUUAGAAGUGCUGAUGGGAAAACAUCCCGGAGAAUUUCUGAAUAGCCCUAAUUUUCUCAGGGAGGAGGGCACGGUCCUCAGAGAGCACCUUGACCACCGCCCACCCGCACCCAAAACUGAUGAACAGGAAGAAAUCACAAGGUUGAUUUCAGUAGCGUCUCAGUGCCUCCAGAACUCUCCGCAAGAGAGGCCAAACAUGCAGCAGGUCCACCGAGCACUUACUGUAUGAAUAUAAUUCUGAUUUUGGCAAACCUUUGAAGCAAUGUGGCACUACGCUAGUAUUGGAGAUGGCAAAACAAAAUACAGUACAGUAUUGUGAUUGUGCUUGAA